CAGAUUGUUGUCAGCCAUACUACCCUCCAUGCUUCCCUCAACUCCUUUUUUUGAUUAAGUCCCAUGUGCUGCUCGUAGUGGAUCAUGGAUGAGAACCAUGAUAGAUGUAUAUCAUCAUCAAGUUCUCAGAGUUCUCAUCCCAAAUUUUGUCAGUUUAGUAAUCUACCAAAACAAUGAUGCUACCAGAUGUUGGCUACGGGCAGGCAUACCUGUGUGGCAGGAAUAAGACCAAUAUCUUUCCGUUUUCGAAAGCUUAUGGAAUGAUAUGGGUUGGAGGAUUGGAUAUGUUAUCUAUCCAUUCUAUUCCAGGGGGGACGAGGAGAUAUAUGUUAUGCAUUGCAGUAGCGUGCGACGUGAAGCAAAGCUUCAAUUUUUGCUGCUGAAUCCACCAUUAUUUUCGCUAAAAACUUUUCAAGAACAUUAUAUAUCUUUCGUCACCUCUCAUGUUGGAGAAAAGCUACAAUUGCUUGAUUGUUUUCAAUGUUUUCAAGUAUAUACCAAAGGCAAAAAAUUUCAAACUUUUAAAGGAUGCAUAUUUGUACAGUGGCAGUCGUUUACAAUUAUGAAUUACGAAUUUACAAGUCAUAUAUGAUUUUCAAGAAGUCUUCCUUUUCAAUGAACAGAACGGACUACA